AGUGAAGGAUGUUGGUCCGCGCCUCAACCCGGGCCAGUCAAGGGUCAAGGGCGGUGCGUAUCAAAAGCGUAUCAAAGGUGGCAACCUCCCGUGUCUUUUUUUUUGCUUCAUCCGCUCAUUAGAGUAGAAAUACACUCGUAACAACAACUUGGGCCCUGGAAGAAAAACUGACCCCCCCAACCCCAAGAGGCCCAAGAACCGUCAGAGCCCUCGUCCUCGCCAACAUGCCUACACACUGUACUCACAUAGCCUUGAACCUGUGACUCGCGCCCUCACUCGCUCAGCCGCUCAGCAGCUCAGCCGCUCAGCCGCUCAGCCGCCAGACUAGACCGACCAUGGCCACCGCCCCGCCCUCGGCCCCGGCCGAUAUCAUCGCCGAGGAGAGCGUGUCGCUGGAGGCCAGUGCCAAUCUGGCCUACGGCGGACCACUCCAAGAGAUACCCGCCCACCCGGCUAGCCCACCUUCACCCUCGCUCCAACGCGAAAUUGACCGCAUUGUCUUGGAUCCGAUCCGACCGUUGGCCGCUUCACCGCCUUGGCCCGUGAUUGAUCAUCCGGACUCGCCCUUAACCCCGCCCGAAUUGGCCGCAGCGGUAGCCGCUCCGCACCCGCCCCGGAUUCGAUUCGGCGCUAUCAUGGCCGUCAAUCAAUCGGCCUUGACUCGAGCCAUUGGCAAUCAGGACUUUGAAAUGGCCGAGCGUCUGAUCGCCACGGCCACGGAUCCCGAGUUUCUGAAUGCGGGUCGAGGCGCCAAUAUCCCGUUGAAUCUGAUGAUAUUAGGUCGAGAACGGGAUUACCUGGAUUGGGACGGAUUGACCCGGCAUUUUGGCCUGGUCCGCCUGCUUUUGGAGCGGGGUGCGGAUGUGAAUCUGCGCAAUCAUUUGCCGUACUUUGAAACGGAUGCGGAAUCGCCCUUGGAGUUCUUGUUGGCUUUU